AUGCAUGCGUUGCAGACUCGGACUCGAAGCCCAGGAGGGCUUUCUGACGGUUUUAUCAACGGCCGGAUUACAUGGCCGGCUCAGGGUAAGACGUUGGGCGAAUUUCUCCCCUUCGCUGCCGAUGAUGCCCGACAACACGCCGUUGCUCCAAUCCGGGCUCGACGGGUCAGCGAUGGUAGCACAGGAAAUUCCACGCUGAAGGUCGAGUCGUUGGCAAAGCCGCAAAAGGAAUUCCCCAUCGUAUUGCCUUUUGUGCAACGGCUCUGA